GCAGCCAGCGCCCUGCGUAGUGCGCGCGCUCAGUGCGCCCUGCGUGGUGCGCGCGCUCAGUGCGUCCCGCCGUCAUGAACAUGGCGUAAUCCGUGAAUUAUCCACCGACUAAAAUUUUACGGGAAACGCUUGUGUGUCAUUCGGGUGUAAACACACAAGCUCUCGACUCGGAGCUGAAGAAGGCGCUCGGGGAUAUUUCCUCGAGUAUGUGUCCUCUCACUUUCAACGCGACAUCGUGGAAAGGGGCUGUAGGCGUAGUUUGACAGUGUUUAUACCGUGUCUACUUGAACUCAGAAUGCGAACAACAGCUUUGGCUACACGACGGUGAUUCCGCUGCCAGUUUUUCAGCGUCAUUUUUACGACGUCAGUGCCUCUUCAGAUCUGCUCAUCCAGCUCUACUCAGUAAAGAAAUGUCAGAUAAUCAAAGCUGGAACUCAUCCGGGUCAGAGGAGGACUUGGCUCUGAGAGAGGAGCUGGGACACUCGGCUGCGAUUGGAGAGUUUAGCGGUGUGCUCAGUAAGUGGACAAACUACAUCCAUGGCUGGCAGGACCGUUGGGUAGUGCUGAAAAACAACACACUGAGUUACUACAAGUCCCAAGAUGAGACAGAGUAUGGCUGUCGGGGAUCCCUCUGCCUCAGCAGAGCUGUUAUUACUGCUCACGAAUUUGAUGAGUGUCGUCUAGACAUCAGUGUGAAUGACAGUGUGUGGUACAUGAGAGCACAAGACCCAGAGCACAGAACACGUUGGAUUGAGUCCAUUGAGCUUCACCGGAGUCUCAGAGAAGGGAGGAGGGACAAGGGAGCAGCCCAGGGAACUGUACUCAUCACCCCAAACCUGGCGGAUUCUGGUUAUGGCUCAGAGUCCAGUUUGCGAAGACAUGGAUCCAUGCUGUCUCUUACAUCAGCCACCAGUGGAUACUCUGCCACCUCCACCUCUUCUUUCAAGAAAGGACACAGUUUGCGGGAGAAACUGGCGGAGAUGGAGACAUUCAGAGACAUUUUGUGCAGACAGGUGGACACACUUCAGAAGUAUUUCGACAGCUGUGCAGAUGCGGUUUCCAAAGAUGAGCUGGAAAGAGACAAAAUAUUAGAUGAUGAUGAUGAUGAGGAGGAGGAUUUCCCCAACACUCGAGCAGAUGUUGAAUUUUACCACCACAACAAUAAUAGUAGCAGAGAAAAAUUGUUUCAAACUUUGAGCCCAAAAGAAAUUAAAGGCAUAGAUUUCAAGGGUGAGGCAAUCACAUUCAAGGCUACUACAGCUGGGAUCCUGGCCACUUUGUCACACUGUAUUGACCUGAUGGUGAAGAGAGAGGAGAACUGGCAAAAAAGAUUGGACAAGGAGAUGGAGAAGAGACGAAGAAUAGAGGAAAGCUAUAAAUCGGCCUUAAAUGAGUUAAAGAAAAAGUCUCACUUUGGAGGGCCGGACUUCGAGGAAGGACCAAACAGCCUCAUCAAUGAAGAAGAAUUUUUUGAUGCAGUUGAAGCUGCUCUUGAUCGACAAGACAAAAUUGAAGAGCAGACAGAGAAGACAAGGAUUCAGAGACCUAGUCCCGUCCCUGCUGGAAACAUCUACUCCAGCUCUGGAUCCCACCGGUUCUCAGACAAGACUCUUACUCAGCCCUCCCCUGCCCUUGUAAUCAGGGCCCCUCCCCAUGAAGUCCACAGAUUCAGCACAGAGGUGGAUGAGAUGGUUCACAAUCACAUGACCUUCUCACUGCAGGAUGUUGGAGGGGAUGCUAACUGGCAGCUUGUGGUAGAAGAAGGAGAAAUGAAAGUGUACAGAAGAGAAGUGGAGGAAAAUGGGAUUGUAUUGGACCCACUGAAGGCUACCCAUUCAGUGAAACGAGUGACUGGGCAUGAAGUGUGCCACUACUUCUGGGAUACUGCAUACCGUAAUGAUUGGGAGACCACUAUUGAAAACUUUAAUGUGGUGGAGACAUUGUCAGAUAAUGCUGUGAUUAUUUACCAAACGCACAAGCGGGUUUGGCCAGCAUCUCAGAGAGAUGUGCUCUAUCUCUCUGCCAUGAGGAAGAUUAUGGCCAACAAUGAGAAUGACCCUGAUACUUGGCUGGUCUGCAACUUCUCUGUCGAUCAUGAUGACGCAGAGCCAACCAGCAGAUGUGUUCGUGCCAAAAUUAAUAUUGCCAUGAUCUGCCAGACCUUGGUCAGUCCACCAGAGGGAGACAAAGAGAUUAGCAGAGAUAAUAUCACAUGUAAAAUCACAUAUGUGGCAAACGUAAACCCUGGAGGAUGGGCCCCUGCAUCUGUCCUAAGGGCUGUGGCCAAGAGGGAGUACCCCAAAUUCUUAAAACGUUUUACUUCUUAUGUUCAGGACAAAACUGCUGGCAAACCCAUUUUAUUUUGAGAACCCCAUUUGAAAAUGUCCAUCUUUUGGAAUCAUUUAAUACUUUGAAACUAGAAAGUCAUUUUAUUUAUUUUAUAUACAACAUUCUGUUUAAUGAACACAAUCCACUUUUCCUUUUUAACCCAUAGGUUAAAAUAACUGAAAGAGAUCAUGCUUUGCAGAUAUACAGUAUAUUUACUAUAUUGUUUUACUGGAUUAAACUUUGUAAUGUAAAAUUAGUUUUGUACAAGAGUUUGUUCUAGAAUCCAUAUGUAUCUAUGUCCAUGCAAUUGACAACUGUUUAAUUGUAACUUUUUACUGUAGUUCAUAUGUGGAUAACAUUUUGGUUUCUGUCUGUCUGAAAUUUCAAUUUUAAUUAUUGUUAUAAUUGAACAUAGUUGUAUAAAAGUCCAGAGGGUUGCCAUCAAGCUUUGGACCCUAUGACAUUGGACUUGAUCUUCUGAUCUUCUGAUCCUCUUCUCUCUAAUGAAGCAACCUUGGUUCUGAUGGAGAGGUGUGUAGAGUUGGGCUUUUUGCUUAUUUGAUGUACAGUGCCUGCAUACAUUUGUGCUAUGUAGUGCUAGUUCUUCUUUAGUACAGGGCUAUUGUAGCACAUACUAAACUUAAAAAAAAAAAGUAAAUAGAAGAAAAGUAGUUUGAGCCCAGAUGCCUUAGGAAAACACAGCACUUGUAUCCAAAGUUAUAUCUAGCCUUGUGGCUCAAGGCUUUUAUAAAUGACUGAAUAAAAUAAUGUGCAAAACUAUGC